CACGCCAACACACACAUACACACCUAAUCAAAGCCGUGAAAACGAAAAGUGCUAGCGAAACUGCGAAUAAAUAUAAUUAUCAUAUUGGAAAUCUUGAUUCAAAAUUAUCUACAAAAUGUCUGAGAAUGUUAAUAUUGAUCUUUCCGGAGAAAUUAAUGCUACUACAGAAAAGAGAGGGUUGCAAAAGUAUGUGAAUGAUAUGGAAUUGUUGCUUCAGCAUGUUCGUAGUGGAGCUGGUCCUGCCCUGCUCAUGGGAGUACUUGCAUCACGGAGACCAUGGACCCAGUUUGUGGCCACCGACAACUUUAAGGUUCCUCCAUCAGUACCUCGGUUGUCCCGGCGAUUUUACAAAAAUGUGGAGUAUUUUCAAGCAAAUUACUUGAUGAUUUUUCUUGGAUUAUUUGCAUAUUGUUUGAUUACUUCUCCUCUUCUCUUGAUUGCUAUGGUCGCCAGUUUCUUUGGAUACAGAAAACUUACAGCAGGUCCCAACACUUGGAAGCCAAGAAUUGGUGGAUGGGAGUUAAGUAAAACACAGCAGUAUGCAGUGGCAGCUGGAUGUUCCAUGGCAUUGUGUUGGUUAGCUGGUGCUGGCGCAGUGCUGUUCUGGGUUUUAGGUGCCACAGUGACGGUGGUAGCUCUUCAUGCAAGCUUCUUUGAUGCGGAGGCUCUACCUCAGUCUGAGGACCCAGAGCAGUUCCCGAUGAUAGAGCAGGUGUGACACGGAGAAUUACCACUAUUCCUACCCCACCCUCCACCUGGUCGCAACACUCAGCGAUUUAGUUAAAAGAAGGAAUCCAAUAAACUUGUGGAUUAUUUGGACUAUAUUAAAUUUAGUGGCAAUUAUUAUAAAAACUUAGUGCAAUAUGCACAUAGUUACUUAUCUACAUGUAAUAUUUAUUUAUAUUAGAAAUAAUUGACUUGAUCAAUUUUCUAAAAAUUGAUUAUAGUAAAUGAAACAUUAUUAAAAAUGCUUUUGCAUAUAUUGUGCUUAUUCAUUCAUAUUACUAUGAAAACUAAAAAAGAUGAGGCUUGAACUAUAAUGUAUUAUUGAUUAGGGCUCACAUUCACUUUUGAUGUGCAUUUUGCUUCCUCAUAAUUAUUAUGUGGAUGUUAGAAUUUUUAAUUAGGCAGGUUUUAGAUGUCAAUUCCUGAUAUUCAAUUUGAUAAAUAAUUUAUAGUAAUGUGUACAUUUUAUGUUUAAACUGUCAAACACCAAGCGGUCACCGGUGACCGCA